GCGAAUGCUGCUCUGGGGCAAAGCCCAGUGGGGCCGCGGGGGCCGCGGAGAGCAUACUCGGUUUGCAGGCAGGAACAGGCGCGGACCGGAAGUUCCACGGCCUCUCUGUCCGGGGGAGCCGUUAGGAGCGCACGCCGGAAGUGGUCAAUUGGCCGGUCCGAGUUGGUGCCGGUGGUGGAGUCCCUCGGACUGCGGAGACAUGGAGCCCGGGGCUGCUGAACUAUAUGACCAGGCCCUGCUGGGCAUCUUGCAACACGUGGGCAAUGUCCAGGACUUUCUGCGCGUUCUCUUCGGCUUCCUCUACCGCAAGACUGAUUUCUACCGCCUGCUGCGCCACCCAUCGGACCGCAUGGGCUUCCCGCCCGGGGCCGCACAAGCUAUGGUGCUGCAGGUAUUUAAAACCUUUGAUCAGAUGGCCCGUCAGGAUGAUGAGAAAAGAAGGAAGGAACUUGAAGAGAAAAUCAGGAGAAAAGAAGAAGAAGAAGCUAAGGCUGUGGUAACUGGUACAGCUGAGAAGGAACUGGUCCCAGUCCCAGUUCAGGAAAUAGAGAUUGACUCUCCUGCAGAAUUAGGUGGGCCUGGGGAUGCAGAGAAAGUGCAACCUCCAGGCUCACAGGAUGCUAAACAGGAAGUGGCUGGUGGCUUGGAAGAGGCAGAAGCUCCAGGAGCAGCGGCUGGUGCUGCUGUAGUCCCUCAGGAACCACCAGCACUCCCCAGGAUUCAAGAGCAGUUCCAGAAAAACCCUGACAGUUACAACGGUGCUGUACGUGAGAAUUACACCUGGUCGCAGGACUACACUGACCUGGAGGUCAGGGUGCCGGUGCCCAAGCACGUGGUAAAGGGGAAGCAGGUCUCAGUGGUCCUUAGUAGUGGCUCCAUCCGUGUGGCCAUGCUGGAAGAAAGCGGGGAGCGGGUUCUCAUGGAAGGGAAACUCACCCACAAGAUCAACACGGAGAGUUCCCUCUGGAGCCUCGAGCCAGGGAAGUGUGUUUUGGUGAACCUGAGCAAGGUGGGUGAGUACUGGUGGAGUGCCAUCCUGGAGGGAGAGGAGCCCAUUGACAUCGACAAGAUCAACAAGGAGCGCUCCAUGGCUACUGUGGACGAGGAGGAGCAGGCAGUCCUAGACAGGCUCACCUUUGACUACCACCAGAAGCUACAGGGCAAGCCUCAGAGCCAUGAGCUGAAAGUCCAUGAGAUGCUGAAGAAGGGGUGGGAUGCUGAAGGCUCUCCCUUCCGAGGCCAGCGAUUCGACCCAGCCAUGUUCAACAUCUCCCCGGGGGCUGUGCAGUUUUAAUGACCAGAAGGAAAGGAAACUCGCCAGCAGGGAGGCAGAGGCUUUGUUCUCAGCUGUCCCUCUCUCUCAGCUCCCUGUGUGCCAGGGACUUGCUCGUCUCAUUCACCCCUAGCCAUCCUUUCUUUCAAGGGUGAACCAGGCCAUCAACCCUGACCUUGCACCUCCAGGCUGUUCCAGAGAAGGUGCGGGGCCAGCUGCUGCCUGGUGGCCGCUGAGGCCAACACUGAAUGAAGGUGUUUGAAAUGCAGGAGGGACACGUCCCAGUAAACUGAGAGCACAUGCUUUGUCUCCACAGCAACCAGCCACUGCAGGCAGCAUUUCUUUUGCUCUCUGCUUGCUGUUGUUUUGAUGCUAUUCUGCUUGCUUUUCUUCUGGUUGGGAGUGGGGAGUUGCUGGGCUCUUGGACGAAGCCAAAGUUGAAGUGUGUGGGGUGCAGCACUUGCAUGAAGGCAAGUGGGGAACAGCUGUGGAGCUGCUGCUGGGGCCGCUGUGGGAAAACCGUACCCCUUGACCUCAUUAGGUAUGUUCACGUGCAGUCUUGCUCAUCCAUUUGUAAAUGUGCUCUGUUUGCCUCGGCCACAUAGGCAGAACAGCAGAAACUGCAGUCCUAUUUUCACAUUCUUGAUGUUGGGAGAAAGUCUGGGGUUCUGGUCUCAGGCCCGGAUGCAGUGGGAAUUCUGUCUGCCCUCGGAUUGCGGCUGCUUUGCUUUGUUUCUUGUUAAAGUGAACUGAGCCUGGCCACCACUGCAUGGUACACUCUGCUUGGCUCCCUGUGUGACCUCUUUGGAUGUGCUAUGUCAAAGCAUGGGCAAGAACCAGGCAUCCUCAGGAGACCACACCAGGUCUAGCAGCUCAUUGGCAGAUCAUGUCAGCCAUAACCCUGAGCAGCCUUGACCUCGGGUGCCUCAGGAAGAGGAAUUUCUAUACAGGCACGAAGGCACACUGUCCCACUGUGACAGAUCCCAAGAAAUUGAAGACCCUCAUACCAGGCACUGGAUUGUGCUCCCUGGAUCUCCUAGUCUGUCCCCCCUGUUGUCCAGGGAAUGGGCACCAUCUCAGUAUCCCUAAGCCCAUGCCUUGAGCCACAGCACUGACUCUAGCCAAGUUAUGAAGACCUGACUGAGGGGCUGAGCUCCAGGUGCUCUAAGUACUUACAGGACUCUCUCUGCCUGUUACCAGGAAUGUGGUAUAAUCAGUGCCCAGCACUGUCCAUUCACCUAGCUGGCAGCCUCAGUGUAUGAAAAUAAGUCACACCACAAGUCUUUGUACCCUGGUUAUACCCACGGCCAGCUGGAGUCAAAGCCUAAAGAUGCUGGGCAACUUGCUCUUGGCAAAGAGCACUGGCCUGCAAGCUCUCUGCAAAUGCUCAAGAGGGACUGUCUAGGAGAACAAGUUGGUGGGACAUCCUUCCAAAGGCUUCCACAUUGAACUGUGUCGACAGGAUCUAGUUUGUUGUAGUCAUUUUGGGCUAGAUUUCUGUUUACAGUGGUGGCUGACAGCCCUUAUAAAAAGUACAUCCUGGGGCUGAGGUUGUGGCUCAGCAGUAGAGCACUCACCUAGCAUAUAUGAGGCCCUGGGUUCGAUCCUCAGUACUACAUAAAAAUAAAUAAAUAAAAUAAAUGUAUUGUGUCCAACUACAACUAAAAAACAAAUUAUAUAUAUAUAUAUAUAUAUAUAUAUAUAUAUAUAUAUAUAUAUUUUUUUUUUUUUUUUUUUAAGUACAUUCUGGGAGGUAUUCUAUGGGUCCAAAAAUGUCAUACUGACUGUCAAGGGAGAGCAGAGGACCCCAAAUGCCCCCUUUGAAAUGUGAGAGCUCUGCUGUCUGACAUUGUCACCAAGCUAGUGCGGCCCCUUCUGAAGAGAUCUUGAACCCCAGGAAGCAGAACUGAUUCACCUUCAAGAGAUUCUGAAGAAACCUUUGUUGUUUUUUCCUGAAGUUUCAUCAAGGUCCUAGGAUUUGCAAAACACUGUCCCAUACAACUGUCACACCUAACAAAAAAGAGGUCUCGGGAUGAAUGUGCAUGUCUCCCAUCUUAUCUGUGAUUCCUGAGUUGGCUGCCUCCUCCCUGCCCCCCUCCCUGUGGACAGUCUUCCAGGAGGGAUGAGGUGUGUGAGCCCUGCUCCUCAUUGUUUGGGAGACUGAGUUGUUCACUUCUCUGACUUGUCUUCCUUUUGCCUGGAUUUACUUUCUGUGUUGCAUUUCUUCCCAGUCCCUGCCCUUCUUUAACAAACAGUAAACCAGUGUUUAGGAAAGAGUAGCUGAGAUGGGCAGCGUUGGGUGUUAGCUGUGUGGCAGGAGCCUGGUCUGGUCCUUGGGUACACAGUGUGGUUGUGGGUUCUGGGCCCACAAUCCUUGUUCCUGGCCUGGCUCACUCCUAGCCAGGCUGGGGGAUGAUUCUCCAAGCUGGGGCUCCUGCUGGACUGUCUAGCCUCUGGAGCUGGCGCACUGCCUAUUUUCUCUUUUUAGACACGACAGCCGCAGUUUGGCCACUAAAUCCCACCAGCUGAGGUCUGAGGAAAAUGGGGUGACUCGUCCCCCUUGUCCAGGGUCCCAGGAGAGUGGGGUGUCCAGCCUGCAAAGCUGCUCCGGCUCCUCUGUGUUGGUUUGCAAUAAAUCUGUAUUUAAGCA